UAACCAUAAACAAAGGGAGUGAAAGUCAACACUGCUGGUCCUUACCACGGGAGAAUGACAGGUACAACUCAAGCGUUCAUUGGCUGACAACCGAUCUCAAUUGGAUUGCAAGUAGAUCAAUAGACAGUAGUAUCACCAGUAGGAUCACAGUCUACUUUGUAAACAGCAGUCAUGGCACCUCCAGCAGUGAACAUUCAUGCAGAGCCUGGGACAUUUCCACCAACACAGACCCAUCUUGGCCCAAGUAACUUCACUUUCUGUCAAGACCCAGGAGAAAUCAACUCAUCAAUGUGCAGUGUUUUCAAGAAUGACUACCCAUCACAUCCACAUUAUGGAAGGUGUGAGCAAGCCAGACCACCAAAACUUGGAGAUGUCAUGCACCAGGAUGAUCGAUACUUCAGUCAGAACGAGUCAGAAACUUCCAAGUGUUUUGAAUAUCGCUACUUGAAGAAACCUGUCCUUUUGAAUGUCCAUUCAAAGCUCAGUCGGACAAAUUUUAAAAUGGAUCGGGACACAAAUAAAUUUAAAUGUUUCAAAACAACCCAUGAUAACUAUUUCACUCCUCAAAUGGAUGAGAGUUAUGAGAGAGCUAAACCAAUGCUUAACACCACAGUUACACAUAUUCCCAAGGGGGACAUGGAGAAGACAGAAGCCUCAGUAUCAGACUACAGGGGCCACUUCCUGGGUCAUGACACCCGACAACACAGAGUGGAGAAAGCUCCACCAAUGCAUCAAGGAGGACCCCCAACAAUUAAAGGUGAUCCAAGAAUGACACAUUUUGACACAUCCACUGGUGACCAGUUUCCUGGAAAGUGGCAACCCAGAGUGAAGCCCUUCCCAGCUCCUACAGGUACCAGCGUACCUGAUGGUGAUACACUGAAGAUAGUGAUGAGGGAGACCACCACAGGAACAUCCUUCCCUUACCGUGGUGAUGCCAGCAGCUUCAAGCCAUACAGCAGAGAGGAUGUGAGUAAGGUGCUGUUCCAGACAAAUCUCAAAGAGCAUGAUGGUUUCGGCACCUGGAAUGACUAUGCAAGUACCGCCAGCACCUGCUUCAAGCCUAAAGGGUCUAAUUUUGUGAAGAUGGUGCCAAAGCAGCACCGUAACCAUAGCGAUUUCCCUGAGGGUGACCGGCAGCCUGAUAGAGAUGUGGAAAGAGUCAGCACAACAACUAACAAGUUUUACCAUGGCAACCCUCCAAGAGGUCUCCACAAUCAGAUUGUGUCUGGCGCCAACCUCCGAACCCGGAGCAACGUGUGGUUCGGAGACCCCGUACUGGGAGAGAAGUCCUACACAACAUCAACUGAUGAUGUCUUCAAACCUAAAACAACACCCUACACCUAUGAUCGCACCAAGUUCUACGUGCCAAGUGCCAUACCAGUCAAGUAUUACAGCAGCUGGGAACCUGAGCCGACAACUGUGAGUGACUACCAGGACCCCAAGCAAGGCAAGACAGUGCCAAAGGAAGAGGCUCUUGACAAUUUGAGGAAGUCUCACAUCUUCCCUCCACUGAGAGAAACCAUGUUUUUCCACACAACUCAUGGUGACCUUUUCACACCAAAGACAUCAGAGAAGUACACCUAUGACUCAGGGAGACUACAGAAGAGUUCCGUCCCCCCUUGGCACCAUGCAGAUGUCAGCUAAUGUUUGAGAUACUGCUUCCAGCCACUAACUUAGUUGAAAUUCAUUUAGAAAUAUCAUUAAGUGAAGUACACAUAUGCUUCUUUUUGUGCCCACAUUGUACAGUGCAUUGAUUUCCAAUCAUGUUUGAAGUCAAGACGAAUGUUUGUUGAUAAAUCUAUAAAAUAUAAAUUUAAAAUACUAACAGUACAGUAGAGUAAACUACGUAUAUAAUGACCACAAAGGGACCACUAAUGUUAGUUCGCUUUAAGUGUAGUUCAUAAUGCGCAAAUCGGCAAAGUGGUUGGGACCAAAAUAAUCAGUUCAUUAUAUCUGUCAGUUUAUUGUAUAUGCAUUCUACAUGGUAAAAACGAUUUGGUCAUAACAUUGAAGAAAUUAUUCUUAUUUCAAAGUGUAUGCCCACAUUAAUACUUUCCUGAUAGUCUGAGAAAGUUAAAGUAUACAUCCUUUACCAUAUUAUUAUACUGCAAACAAACAUCAGAGAGUGACAGUGCCUGUCAUGACAAAUUAUAAUAUGAAAGAAUCAGUUGUUUACCUUCUGGUGAGUAGUAUAUACCGAGAACAUUGUGUGUACAGAAAUAUACUAUUCACACUUAGCUAAGGAUCAAACCAUUGAUUCAACGGAAAACUAUGAUGUGGGGUAUAAUUU